AUAAGAUUAACCCUCAAGCUUAUACUUGUAACAAAUGUUUAGCAACAAGUUAUCCAAAGAUCCAUUUAUAUAUUCUCUACAUAUAUCCCUUGUAGUAAAAACUUUUUUUUUUCUCUCUUGUUUGAGAAGUUCUUUAGGUUUUCAAUUAAGUUUCAAGGUUUAGGGUUGUGUUUUUUUCGUCGAAAAUCUUGAAAAAUGGAAGGAGAAGUAAAGGAAGAAAUUGAUUUACCACCAGGAUUUAGAUUUCAUCCAAGUGAUGAAGAACUUAUAACAUAUUAUCUUAUGAAUAAAAUUUCAGAUUCUAAUAAUUUUAUUGCAAGGGCUAUUGGAGAUGUUGAUUUAAACAAAUCUGAGCCAUGGGAUCUUCCAGGGAAGGCAAAAAUGGGAGAAGAAGAAUGGUAUUUUUUCAGCCAAAGAGAUAGAAAGUAUCCAACAGGAGUGAGAACAAACAGAGCAACAAAUAGUGGAUAUUGGAAAACUACUGGCAAAGACAAAGAGAUUUUUAGUAAUUUAGAAUUAGUUGGUAUGAAGAAAACAUUGGUAUUUUAUAAAGGAAGAGCACCACGAGGGGAAAAAACCAAUUGGGUAAUGCAUGAAUAUAGACUCCAUUCCAAAUCAUCCUAUACAACACACAAGCAAGAUGAAUGGAUUGUUUGCCGUGUAUUCCAAAAGAGUAAUGCAGGAGGAAAAAGAUACUCUACUAAUAACAACACUUUAAGAAUUCAUGUAAACCCCUACACUACACUUGAUCAAAUCAAUCCAAAUACAAUAUGCAUUUCUUCACAAAUUAUGAUGCCACAAGUUGAACAUAAUACAUUUCAACUAGCCAUGGGAAAAUCAUCAUCAUCAAGUGCUCACACUAUGAUCAAUCAUCCAGAAAUUCAAGAAGUUUUUCGAGGCGUUUCAUCGUCGUCAUCGUCUAACUUGAUGAACUUGCAUACAACUCUUCAAUCCCAAAUGAACUAUAACUUAGGUGGAGGCAAUGGUUUUACUAUUUCAGGCUUGAACUUGAAUCUUGGUGGUGGUGGUGCCACUACUUCUCAGCCAGGACCACCACCGCCACGGCCGCGACAAGAUGUGAGUUCUUCUCAUGUGAUGAUGACAACUCAUGAUGAUCAGGCUGGUUAUGGUGAAGAUAUGAGUAGUGGAAAUGUCAUGAAUAGAUUUAUGGUUUUGGAAAAUAGUUCUCAUGAUUUAGACAACUGUUGGGGUAACUAUUGAUGAUCUAUGUUGUUCGAAUCCUCCAAAAAAAAUAGCAUAUCAGACCUUAUAAAAAUCGCGCUUUUUUUUAAGGAUUCGAGUAGAUGUAAUUAGAAGACAAGUAGUACUCUAUGUAAAGUAAUUACUAGUUUGGAGAUGGAGAUAAAUCUAUUUAUAGGGUAAAGUUUGAACGAAUGGCUUCUAAUUUUGUAGCAUUUUCGACCUUCAUCCGAAACCAAUUCAAAGUUCAAACAACAUAAGAAAAUUAUUCAACACAAAAGGGCCAAAUACCUGUGUACUCCAGUAAACUGUUUAUAUUUAUCCUCCGUUUAAGUUUUCGAAUAAUUUUUCCUCCAUCGUUACACCUAUGAUCAAAUAUGACUGAGGAGAUGUUGAUACAGCUACUUCGAUAUGUAAUACACAACUAAAAUACAGUGUCGCAACAUUGACAGCGAGUAGUGGAAAGACCACGAAA